AUCAGUGCCCCGAUUAGACACAGUUUGAACGCAGCCAGCCAACCGGCAGCCAGUGGUGUGGCGGCUGUCGACAGAGAAGUGCUGUUGCUGGGGUUUUGAGGACCCGAUAAAGUCGUAUUCGAGACUGAGAACUCCGCUUAGCUGUGAGACGAUUGACUGAAGAGCCCCUCGAGCUGUUAGAAGGCUGACUAAUAAGUCAGUGGGACUGCAAGGAAACUGAUUUAGCCAACCAGACUGCGAAGACAGUGACUUCCGACCACUGUGUAACUCUUUGAAGACCGACUGCCGGGGUGUGAGCUCUGAGGCAGCUCGGUGUCCGAGCACGACAGACAAUGGCGGCGGCCCGCGGCAGCACGGGGCUGGCCCUGGCUCUUCUGGUGCUGGUGGUGGCAGUAAGCGGGGCGACGGCCCGCAAUCGCUCCCGGCGCCAGAUGGGUUCCGGGAAAAUCAGCAACUCUUAUUACAGUGGUCCUUCUGGCGGCCUGAACUCGUACGACGCGUGGGACGACGAGGAACACUAUGUCAUUACCGAGGACCGACUCAACGAGAUCCGAUCCGAGAUGAUGUACCCCUACAAGGACCCCAACGACUACCAGAAGGACAUCAACGACCUGACGCCGCAGAUUGACAAAAAGCUCAACUUCAGGUUCCCCUUCUAUGGGUUCCUCUUCAACUAUACAUGGGUGUCUCUGCACGGCUUCCUCGGGUUCUCCGUACCAACCUCGGAGCCGCAGACGUACCCGCUGACGUUCCCCCAGCCGGACUGGCCGGUCAAGAACGAUCCCUCCUUCAUCGGGCCCUUCUACAGCAAGUGUGUCAUGGGGGAGAUCGGUGGCGAGGAGACCGACACGCGGCGGCCAGGAGUCUACUACAGGAUUGAGCGAGAUCUGUACGAGAGAUAUGACCAGUUUGGUGUGGAGCUGCGCGAGCGGGCUAAAUGGGACAUCCGCGAGGGAAUCGUUGGAGCCGAGGCGUUUACUCCCAAACACAUUGUCAUCACUACGUGGAAGAAUGUCUCGUUCAACGGAGGAAACUCAAACUCGCGCGCCCGACGAGUGACGAACACGUUCCAGCUGAUGGUUGCGACUGACGAAGUGCGCUCGUAUGCGCUCUUCAACUACCUGCACAUGGGUUGGACCACGCAUACAGAGGCGGGCGGCGACGGCAACGAGGGACAGGGAGGCAUUCCUGCUUAUGUUGGCUUUAAUGCCGGUAACGGCACCAGUGCCUACCCGUACACGCCGUACUCUCAGACCAUGUACAUCCGUGACCUGACCUCGACCGGCAUGGCCAACGGCUUCCCCGGUCGACACAUCUUCCGCAUCGACGAGAAGAUCCUCGCCGGCAACUGCCGACAUGAACUCUAUGGUUCGAACCUUCCACUGGUGUUCGCUCCGGAACAGGGUAACAUGCUGGGCGGCAACCUGGUCAACAUCUCCGGCCCGUGUUUCGGCCCCAACACGCUGGUCAAGUGCCGCUUCUACGAUCGAGAGGUAGAGGGUGUGGUCCGGGACACCAACACGGCCUUCUGCGUGCAGCCGCGCCUCUUCGCCACCGGAUUCGUGGACAUCGCCGUGUCUCUGGACGGAGGACCCUACUACUGGAAGGGACAGUACUAUGUCGAGACUCCUCUGACAUCAGCCGAGACGGUGAUGUUCGCCAACGACGACUACCAACUGGCCGAGCCGGGCUCACUGCGCCUGCAGUGGCUGUGGCACAACCUGACCAUGGAUCAGAGCGCCAAGGUCACCAUCUCUCUUUACGGCUACCGGGAGACGACCAACACGCCCGAGCUGGUGUACAUCGACACCAUAGCGGAGGGGAGCAACGACGGCAUCCAGGACAUCAGCACGGCCGACUUCAUGGGCAACGACAACUGGGACUACCUGGACAUCGAGGUCGGGUUGAUCCACAUCAACCUCACCAAUCCAGGAACCUACCUGUCGGGACUGAAGAGCUCACCUACGCUAUGGAGUCGACCGGUGCCGCUAGCCUGGUACUUCGGGCCGCAGUGGGAACGAGUCUACGGCUCCGAAUGGGCGGCGCGCGUCUGUAACCGCUGGAUCGAGAACGACAGAAACCUCAAACACUUUGCCGGAGAGGUGAUCCGCUGCCCAUGCCGAAUCGAACAGGCGGUGGCCAACAAGGGUCUGUACGUGCCCGACUUUGACUGUGACCGAGACGGGAACACGGCCUGUGACGAGCACCGCGGCGCCAUCCACUGCGUCAGAGCCGGCAUGGUCAAUAACGACGGCGCCGGCCAGCAGUGCUGUUACGACAUCGACGGCUACCUGAUGAUGACCUCGGACACGAUGUGGGGCGGCAACCCGCACCGGGCCCACAACCUCGGCAUGCGACCCUUCUACGAGUCCAACAAGAUGCCGUCGCUGUCUCACUGGUACCACGACGUGGCUCCGUUCUACUCGUGCUGUCGGUGGCAGGGGGAGCAGAGCCAGGGGUGCACCACUUACCGGUUCGAGAGGAGGGCCUCCCAGGACUGUGUCGGCUACCAGCCGCCCUCUGCCGCCACCGUGUUCGGCGACCCGCAUUUCUACACGUUCGAUGACGUCCAGUACACGUUCAACGGAAAGGGCGAGUACGUGCUGACGCGGGUGAACACGAACCGGAACCAGCUGGACGUUCAGGCCCGGUUCGAGCAGGCGCCCGACAAUGAGAUGGGGCCCGUGUUUGCCACUCAGCUGACCGCCAUCGCAGCUCGUGACAACUUUUCGACGACGGUGGAGAUCCGUCUGCGUCCCACCGAGGCCCAGUGGCGCUACAAACUGAACGUGCUCGUCAACCAGAAGUACCUCUACUUCGACAGAUACCCGGAGAAGAUGCAGAUCUUCAGAGGUAUGCUGGUGUACGUGCCGACCUACAUCCACAACCAGUCGCAGGUGAUCGUGCUGUUCCAGUCGGGAGCCGGUGUCGAGGUGCUGGAGAACCAGGGACAGAUGGCCGCGCGGCUCUACCUGCCGCUCACGUUCAUGAAUCAGACAAAGGGUCUGUUUGGCAAUUGGUCCAACGAUCCGGGCGACGACUUUGUUCUGCCAGACGGCACCCAGGCUAAUGUGGACAUCCUCAACUCAGAGUCCAUCUACGAACGAUUCGGAUUGCAGUGGAUGUUGGAUGACAAGGAAGACCCGUACCGUGGCGGGUCACUCUUCUACCACGAGAACGGACGCUCCUCCAGUAACUAUUACGACCCGGACUUCCUGCCUGAGUUCGAGAAAACGCCGGAUAUUCCCGAUAACAGCACGCUGGAUGUCGAAGAAGUGAAGCGGGUCUGUGGUAGCUCCUACCAAUGCGCAUACGACUUCAUCAUGACGGAGCGCAGAGACGUGGCCGUCUUCACCAAGUUCUACCAGGACGAGUUCGUCAACAUCAAGUCCAGCGGACUGGAAACAAUCAUCUCGUGCGGCGCGCUGCCGACACCGCAGAACGGUCGCAAGAACACGUUCGCGUUCACGCCGGGCACGAUGGUGAAGUUCGAGUGUGACCCGGGCUACAUCCUGGUCGGGGAGGCCCGCCGCUGGUGCUACGCCUCCGGAGACUGGAACUGGCCGGAGGACGGCGAGGUCAACUGCAUGAGCGAGGCCCAGUACAAGACCAUGUACGUCGGCAUCCAGGCGGGCAUUGUGUUCAGCAUCCUGAUCCCGAUCGUGGCGGCGCUGGUCUGCUUCGGCUUCCACCUGAAGAGCCAGGCUGACGAGAUGGACAGGGAGACCGUGGGCCGACACGCAGGCUACAACGUGGCCAGGGGAUCGAGCCGCAGCGGCACCUCCUCUGAGCCCUCCACCCUGGUGAAGGCCCCGCCGCCGGGAGGCCGGCAGCAGCAGCAGCAGUUCGGGGCGCCCAACAUGGACUCGUCGCCACGCGCCGAGCGCCACGAGAUGCCUGUCCGAUACGAGUCCUCGUACUGAGCGGACACGUGGCGCCACGGGUGCCACGGGCGGGCGGGGGUGCCGGCACGUGCCGACCGGUGGAUGUUGUGAGGGACUGACGGUGUCCGUGGGUACACCGGGUGGCGCCGACAAAUGCGCGUGUGUCUGUGUUUGUGUGUUGUGCGGUGUGAGCGUGGGUAGGUAGGCUUGAGCGAUGUUUGUACCGGACUGACGCUGGAUCAAUUGUUGGGUUCACGCGAGGUGUUACUCGUGAAACAAGAGUGUCAACUACUUGGAUCGUGUGAAGAGAGGUGUGUAUGCUGUGUUUCUUAUUUAGUCGCGACUCGCAGGCGGGUGCUGGCGGCGUUUAGAGCUUAGUGGCAGCAGCCAUGGCGGCUACGGUCGCUCAUUUUAUUUACUAACGCUUCAAAGCUUUUUAGAACCUUUUCUGUCGUAGCAUUUUCUUUCUCAUACUCAUUUCUAUCUUAAAUUUGAAAUCGAUUUGCUGCAGCUUUGUCACUAUCGCGUAUGCAUCACAUAACAGUCUGUUUUGUCAAUUUAUAUUUAAGGACAGCGAUGAAAUGUUGGUAGCGUUUCUGACAUGCGUUGUAGCCUCUAUAUUAUCACCUUCUCUAUACUAUCUGCAUGCUAUUAUCUCUCUCUCUCAUCUUCAUCUUCUGUAUGUCUGAAAUCGCCUGCCAACGCAUCAUUAUGAUCAUUUUCUUCCAUUUAUAUCGGUGCCCGGUUUAUGGGCCGGAAAGAACGCUAAGUGUUGACGCCAUGUCUGACUCUGACUCUGUAUAGAUGUUCAAAACCACGCCGUAUUGCGAGUAUCGAGCUGCCAUACUAAGCAUUUAACGCUCGGCUCCGUCUUUGUAUUUUCUGUGCAAGCUACAACCCCUGUGGUUCGACCUAUGUAAGGAAGUGCUUUCGUGUCAGGCGAUGAGUAAUAGCUUACAGCGUUUUGUAACAUACGAUCAACGUGAUUUCGUGUCCCGUUUUAGUAAUAAACGUACAACAUCU